AGUCAAUGGAAAUGAAGAUUCUUUCUGAGCUGAGCCAACUCGGCUACAUGACGAAAAGAUGACCACACUUUUUGGACAUGAUGUGGCUUUCUUUUGUUCAUUUCCGACUCUGCUUUUAUAUUAACUGACGUGUACGUAUUUCGAAAGCGCCACUCAUACAUGUGAGACUCUUUAGCGGUUUUAGCCUUUGCCUAAUUUUUACUACUACUUUUCUCACAGUUUUCGUCGGGCGUUCUUGGUUUGAAUUUUUUAAAUAAUAGUACUAAUAGUUUUGGUGGGCUCUCAAUCAGUUUUAAUUGUUCUUGGAAAGCUGUAAACAAAGCUGGAUAUUGUUUUGUUAUUGCUUGGGUGGGAAAAGAACAUCUGGGUCGGGGGAAGAAAAUGAUGGGUGAAGAGGCGGAGGAGGAGCAAGCUUUGAUGGAGGUGGAAGAGCCGGAGAUUGAUCGGCUCCCGAUUGACUUGCUGGCUCAUAUCUUUACUAUCAUCACUUGCUUCAAAGAUUUAGCCCGGGCCAGCGGGGUUUGCCGGAAAUGGAGGCAGGGAGUGAAGGAAUCACUGGCGAGGAGGGAUAAGCUGAGCUUUUCUGGGUGGAAAAUGGAUGAUGAUUCCACCACUCGCCUUGUUCGCCUUGCAUAUAGUCUCAAGGAGCUCGACAUUUCAAUGAGUCGAUGGGGCUGCCAUAUAACUGACCGUGGACUUUUCCAGUUAUCAACCGCAAAGUGCAUCCGCAAUUUGUCCUCCAUUUCCCUUUGGGGUUCUACAGGAAUCACAGACAGAGGUGUUGUUCAAUUGGUAUCUGGAGCUACUUCUCUACAACAUUUGAAUAUUGGUGGUACAUUCAUCACAGAUAUAUCAUUAUUUGCUGUUGCAGAAAGCUGUAGAGACUUGAAGACGAUCGUGCUCUGGGGCUGUCGGCACGUGACUGAAGAGGGACUACUGAUCCUCGUAAAUAAGUGUCGCAAGCUGGAGUCGAUCAAUGUGUGGGGAUUGAGGGUGCCGCUGAACUGCUUUGUUGGUUUGCUAACGAUUAGCCCUGCCCUGCAAAUCCAACCCAAAGGAACAUUGGACAUUCAGAAGCUCUCUAUGUGGCCUGUGUUUUGAGUUGAAGCCUUGAUCCGUUUAUUGUACAGAUUAGUUUUCCGAAUUGGUCAUUAUUCUUCAGGUCAAUUCACCUUGUGCCUGAAGAAACCAGAUUACAAGUGAUUCUUUCAUGGAGAAAAAAAAAAAAAAAAAAAGAUUUGGAAUGUAUGAAUGGACAUUUGAAACUGCAUUGUGAUUAAUUUCUGAAUAAUGAAAUGAUUUAUCAAGAAUCUCUUCACUACAUGUAUGUAUCUGUUGAGAUUCAGUUGCCUUGAAUUGUAGAAUUCGGAAGAUCCAACUCUGAAUUGCAGCAAUGUCUCAAUUCCUUUAGCAAUCACUACUAAGUAUCUGUAACUCAGUUAAAUUGGUGUCUUUUCUUUCUAGAAAUUUAUCUUGGUUGGAAAAUAUUGUUUUCCCUGCUACAGGAUGGGCCAAUUUGGCCUGUCUUUCUUUUCUGGGUCCAAAUUCUUUUAUGCGUG